AAGCAACAGCUGAGCAACAUGAGAUCAAGGAGCAUAUUAGUUUAAACAGGGGCUCAGGGUGGCAUUUGAGAGAAGCUACUUCCUCCGGUGGAGACACUUGUCUCUCCAGAUGACUUCUUCCCACUGAGAGUGAAGUCUCUUACCGGAGAGUUCUACAGUCGAUCGGAGUCUGCAGAUUCCUGUUCUCUGCUGGGAAGAAUCCUCCUCUUGUGAAGUGAUUCAGACUCCAGGAUGUCCUCCUACAGACGUCAAGAGAAAGGAGUGCUGAGAAGUCAGGACUGUGUCCUGCUUUACAAGUCGGAGACCGAGGGAGAUGAGAACUCCACCCAUGACAGCAGCCUGCUCAGACUCACCACCAGCAUGCUGAAGGUCAAGAGGCUGGAAGAGAUCAGCUCCUGCCACAGCAGCAACCCCCUGGAGAAAGUGGCCUUCUUCCAGUGCAUGGAAGAGGUGGAGAAGGUGAAAUGCUUUCUGGAGGAGAAUUCUAGUGAGCUGGAUCUGCAAGCUGGAGACCAGGAGGCUGAGGAAAAUGUGUGGUCCAACCCUGCGCUGAAUGAAAGGACAGUUGUCAAAGGUGGAAAGACAUCAGCACUCACAGAGAGACCAGACCAGAAAGACCACUUCUCCUCCGAGAAAGAAAAGGUUACCAAACUCAACAGGAAAAAUGCUGAGAAGACCAACACUUCUGAAGGCCAGAGGAGUUAUACCAUAUGUCAUAAGGAAAGACAAGACGAGGCAGACUUUGUUCCAAGGAAUUCCACAGAGAUAAGAGAGAAUGCAGGUGGAAAAGAUGGUCCAUGCAUAGAAAAUCUGGAGAGACAAGAAAGCAGCAUCCUGGGAGAUAAGCGAGACACUGAGGAUAAAAAUGGAUGUCCAUCUUUCAAAGGAGGGAAAGAUGAGCUUCCUUCUACGGAAGAUACCAGAGGGUUAGCAGCUGAGAAGAGAGUUUCAAUAGCUGGGAGUGAAACCGUGCUGGGCAAACACUCAACUGAAAAUCAGCACAUGGAUGAAAUGAAUGGCGGCCCAUCCCACAAAAGGUGCAUCAGUAAUAUAAAGGCCAUUUCCAUGCCAGGAAUCCUGGGAAAUUCAGUAAUAGGAUCCACUUUUCAGAAUGCUGAACAGACAGAGUCUGCGGGCAGCAGUAAGCGCAGAGUGGCAGAGGAGUGUUUCCUAAGUGAGGACAAGAAGAAGAGCAGAAUGGAUGUAGUGAGUAUGGGGGAAGAGCCCACAGUUACAACAGAGGAAACCAGACAAGCCAGGAGCCUGGAUGAUAGACCUCAAGAUGGAAAAACCACCUCUAGACAGCAAGACCUGGCAGUCUCACUGGAUGAUGUCCCUGCUCCUGCAGCCCCAUUUGACCAUCGGAUCGUAAUGGCCAAACACUCUGCAGUGGACAGUCUGUUCACCGUGAGCAAAUCUGAGAUCCUAGGAGGGGGGCGUUUCGGCCAGGUUCACAAGUGUGAAGAGAAAGCAACGGGCCUGAAGCUGGCUGCUAAAAUCAUUAAGAUUAGAGGUGCAAAGGACAAGGAGGAUGUGAAGAACGAGAUUAGCAUCAUGAACCAGCUGGACCAUGUGAACCUCAUUCAGCUCUAUGAUGCCUUUGAGACCAAGCAUGACAUCAUCCUCGUCAUGGAGUAUGUGGAGGGUGGGGAGCUGUUUGAUCGCAUCAUUGAUGAAAACUGCACCUUGACAGAGCUGGACACCAUCCUGUUCAUGAAGCAGAUCUGUGAGGGGAUCAGGUACAUGCACCAGAUGUAUAUCCUCCACUUGGAUCUCAAGCCUGAGAACAUCCUGUGUGUGAAUCGGGAUGCUAAGCAAAUAAAAAUUAUUGAUUUUGGAUUGGCCAGAAGAUACAAACCCAGAGAGAAGCUGAAGGUGAAUUUUGGAACCCCAGAAUUUCUUGCCCCUGAAGUUGUGAACUAUGAUUUUGUUUCCUUUCCUACGGAUAUGUGGAGUGUGGGCGUCAUCACAUACAUGCUACUCAGUGGCUUAUCCCCUUUUUUGGGCGAUAAUGAUGCAGAGACGCUGACCAAUAUCCUGGCAUGCAGGUGGGACUUAGAAGAUGAAGAAUUUCAGGACAUCUCAGAGGAGGCCAAGGAGUUCAUCUCUAAGCUCCUAAUUAAGGAGAAGAGCUGGAGGAUAAGUGCCAGCGAAGCUCUCAAGCACCCCUGGCUGUCAGACCACAGGCUCCACUCCAGACUGAGUGCACAGAAGAACUCUAACUCUGGUGCUCAGAACCUCAUGACCAAAUAACUCACGAAGAAGCUUAUUCAAAAGGAAAACUGCUGCGGUUGCUGCUGCUUUGAGAAGGCUUCUGGAAAAAUCAGCAGUUCUGGUGCCUUGACCCCUGUGAUGACUGGCAGCCAUAGCACGGGCAGCCUUGAAUUUGAACUUGGAGAGGCUUUUCUGUGCUCAGCGGGUGACCCAGGGCCAUUCCCUAGGGGCUCAGGCAGAUGCCCACAUCCCACUUAGUACACAGAGGGGAAGCUGUUUCUCUGACUUCUUGGCUUCUUGUGUUUCGAUGUUUGUUUUUAGUUUUGGAUGUUAGCGGGGCAGCGGGUAUGCUAGGCUAUUUCUCAGACUACCAGGGCAGUGCUUGAGAUCUAAAACUCUGGAGGAUGUAUUUGGAGAGAGAAAAUGCCUUCCAGUCAUUGCCCUGUGCUCCUCAAGGGGGCAAUUACAUCACCAGGAAAAUUCUAAGGUUUGGACACUUUGAUUUGCAUUUCUAUGUGGUCUGAAAUGGGAUGAAUUCAACAGAUAAUUAGUUUGCUGGAACGUAAGGCCUCUAUGGCAAGAGACUUCACACAUGGCACCUUCCAUGUAUUCUUAACUCUCUCCCAAGUGCAGCAGUUUCUACCCAGUGCCUGAUUCCAUGUUCAGAUUCAUACCACACCUUUCCACAGAGUGCGCUUUGCUCUGGUCUAACGGGCAAGUUCAUUCCUAUUAAACAUGGUGGUUUGGGGAGGUGAUGCAAGGAUAUCUCUUUGUGGUUAGUCCUUAAAAUGACAACCUUCAAAAGACAAGAGCUUCCUUCACGGCCUAGGUGUCACCAGUAGGAGAUAGAUCUGUGCAUCCUGGGGAAGGGCAAGGCUCGGUGUCCAGUGCUGGUGACUAGAAAGUGGUUCUCCAGCUUCUGGGUAAACUGAAGCAUUUAGAAGACCAAUAAUCAUAGUUAUUCAAAUUCACAACUUGCAAAUUCUCACAGGCAUCAACAGUUGUGAGAUGAUAAGGCAAAACUGAUUUCUGGUUGAAAACUUUUUUUUUUUUUUUUUUUUUUUUUUUGAGACAGGGUCUCCUUAUGUAGCCUUGGCUGGCCUGCACCCUGCUAUGUUAACUAGGCUGGCUUCAAACUCAUAGCUGUCCACUUGUAUCUACUCCAGAGUUGUGGGAUUAAAGGUACAUACCAUCAUGCCUG